UACCCAGACGACUUUGAGGUGCGGACAUGUGCAGCACCAUAUCCAGUCCUUGCUGAACCCACUGCAGUAUGACAUUAAAUAACACAGGGCUUCAUAACAUGUCGCGUUUUUUUAAAUGCUGUUGUGGAGAAGACAUGACGUCGAUUAGUAAAUAAUGUCUGAAGCUGCUUUUGAGGAAGUUUCCGUUUUAUCCUCCAUUUACUGCGGAGAAGGAGAGUUCCAGCUCAUCCAGCAGUCUGCUCAGGAUGGGCUCCUGGUCCAGAUCAACAGCACUGUUGGAGGAGAAAGAGGGCUGGACGUGAGGCUGUUGUUCCAUCUGCACCCCCACUACCCUUCCUGCCCCCCCGCCGUCUCCGUCUCCUCCACCGGUCUCUCCAGGACUCAGUGUCACAACAUCAGACAGAAGCUGCUGGAUCAAGCUGCAGCGUUACCGCCAGAACCAAUGGUCCAUCAGCUGGUGGAGUGGUUGCAGCAGUGUGUGGAGGUGACGGAGAACUGCAGAGGCGGUGAAGAGGAGGAGGAGGGGAGGGAGAGAGAAAAAGAAAAAGAGAAAGAGGAGGAGUGGACGGCGGUGCUGUCGUUGGACCACAUCCGAUCUCGAAGUCGCUACACCGGUCUGCUGGAGCGCUGGACCCAGCAGCUGCAGCUCAGUGGGAGGUUACUACUGGGAAGAAGUAUACUGGUGAUUCUGCAGGGAGCCAGGCCCAGCAUCAAGGAGUUUUGUCGCCUUUUGAGGACGGUGAAGGUGGAUGUGGAUUCGUCAGGCAAGAAAUGCAAAGAGAGGAUGAUGAAGGUUCUCACUGAAAGCCCUACGUCUUCCCCCGGUGGACAUGGGCUCCAGGGUUUUGUGGUGACGAACUACGAGUCGCUCCCAGAGCUGACCGCAGCCUUCCAGGAAAUCAACAUGACUGAUGUUUACCAGCAGAUACAGCCGUCACUAAGAGACUGACGGGCACACAGCCUUUUUCUGUGGAAACAGGUGCACACAGGAAGAGAGGACUGAGUUCCAAAUUAAAGCCUCCUGCUGAUACCCAACUCCAACGUAACACUAUAACUGUGCUGUAGCAUCGGCUCAACAACGGAUGCAGGAAAAAACCAUGGUUUCAUUAUUGCUGAUGUGUAUUUUGACACAUGAUUUAAUUGUCAUUGAUGGACUGAUUGGUUUGUUUGUAAUAGGUCAAGAGAUCAGAUACAGACUAGAUUAAAGGAGAAGGGGCACAUUGAUCAGGAUCAAUCCAAGUCUCUGUGAUGAUUGAAGGAAAUCCAUAUCGAUGGUCAUGAUGAAAUCCUGUCAAGAGAUUUAUAAGCAAGGGAUCUUGUAUUACGUAAACAAACAAGAGCUCUUUCAACAGCACGGAUGAAAGCAAUGGCUUUAGCUGUUAUAAUUUUGUCUGGACUGUUUGAGUGGACUGUAAAUAAACUUUUCAAUAAUGCGAGCAGUAAUUUAGUGGGGGAGAAAAAACCAGCACCAGCAGGACCCACGCUGUGUGGGACAGGGCUAUGAGGUGCAGAGCCAGAAUGCGGGGCAGGCUUUUGCUAAUACAAUUAGGAAUACGCGGUCACACCCAUGCAAACACUUAAAACGUUCGUUGAGCAGAAAUGAUCAGUUUUACAGGACGGCGUAUUAGGGCCGUUGUGUGUCUGGUAGAGCAGGGUCCUCCUUCAAUCAGGAUCGGCGGUUAAAUCCCCGGCUCCGCUAGUCCAUGUCGAUGUCACCUUGGGCAAGACACUGAACCCCAAGUUG